AUGGUUGACCCGAAGCGACACAUUAAUGUUCUCUCGGAGGAGGAUCAAAUAUUCUUGAAUGAAUGCGAGGAAGAAUUCAAGGAUCGGUUCACAGAAAAUGACACCGAGUUCCAAGCAUACUGUGCCCAAGCAGCGCCACCACCACCCGUGCUGGAACCGUGGAAUCCACGAAACUUCCACGGUGGUGGUCAGGGGGGCUUCCGUGGCGGUCGCGGACGAUAUGACGAGCCUGGUCAAUAUAACAGUCCCGGGCGAUUCCAUCAUCAAAAUCGAAACCGAGACUACCGUGAUCGGCCCUAUCACUAUUCCCAUCGCGGUGAAAAUCGGUACGGAAACAACCGCGGGCGCUACAACGACAGGAAUCAUCGUAGAUAG